CCCACCCCCCUUUUCCUUUUCAUUUUAUUUUGGAUCCUGCUAAAAUUAGCCGGGACUGCUCUGGGUGUUGCGUGUUAAUUUGAUUUACUCCGGGAUUCCGGCUUCCAAGACGCCAUUUUCCCCCCUUCUCGCUCUAUCUCUCUCUAUUUAUCUAUCUAUCAUUUAUCUGCCGAGCUAUCUAUCCGUCUGUCUGUCCGUCCAUCUCCCUCUCCCCGGGUGCCUUCCCUCCUCCCCCCGCCCUCCUCCCUCUUCGCUCUGCGUGUGCUGCGCGGCCGUGCGCUCCCCUAAUCUGACAGAUGAACACCGCCAUGGGUUUGCCGCAACACAAGCAAAAGCACCUUUGGGGGCUGUGGCGAGGGAUUGAAACCGGGAUCUAAAAGAGAAGAGAGAAGAAGGGGGGAAUCCGAGGGAGGAGGAGGAGGAGGAAGAAAGAAGAAGAAGAGGACGCUGUUAAGAAGCCCCCACUGCCGUUUUGGGGAUAUGGUGGCAGACCUGAUCUCUUCUGAGCUACUUGCAGACUCUGGGCCAUUGAGACGUUGACUUUGACAGACAGUUACCAUUCAUUCCUUGGGAUCAUAACUGCCCUUUCUUUCCCCAUCACCUUCUGCACUGCCCUUCCCUCUAAUAAAACUCCAGUGUGUCACGGUCCUGCUAUGGAGCCCAGGGAGUCUUUGGGCAGCUCCCGUCAAAGGGGAGGUGAAGCGGAUUUUCUGCCAGCCUCUGUGUCCUCUGCCAAACCACCGUCUGCCUCCAGCUGCACAGGGGAGACAGUGCUGCCGACAGCUGGCUCGGGGAAAGGGAUUCCGGUGAGCGGGGAACGUAUGGAGCCUGAAGAAGAGGAUGAGAUGGGUUCUGGGAGAGAUGUGGAUUCCACUUCCAAUGCAGACAGCGAGAAGUGGGUGGCAGGAGAUGGACUGGAGGAGCAGGAGUUUUCCAUCAAAGAGGCAAACUUCACAGAGGGGAGUUUGAAACUAAAGAUCCAGACGACCAAGAGAGCGAAGAAGCCCCCAAAGAACUUGGAGAACUAUAUUUGCCCACCAGAGAUCAAAAUCACCAUCAAGCAGUCCGGGGAGCAGAAGCUUUCCAGAGCUGGGAAAAAUAGCAAAGCUGCUAAAGAAGAAGACAGAGGACACUCCAAAAAGAAAGGAAAAGUCAUUGGAGAUGCAAAACUGCUCAUGAGCUGUGGUUGCAGAAAAGGGAAAAAUGCUCAAAUGAAAGACUCAGAUCAGAACCAGAUGAAGAAUUUGGGAAGAGAGUGUGGGUUCCCUGUGCAGAGUCUGGUGACAAAAUCCAUGAAUAAGGUUUAUGACAGGCCACAGAAACAUUCUACCCUGCACUAUGAUCCAGGCCUCCAACAAGACUUCACCAGUGAUACCUUAAAAUCAAAGCACCAGCAGAAAAGUAGCAACCAGCACCAUCUUGACUGGUCAGCAAGCUCCAAUACUGGAUCCACUUCUCAAAGUUGCUUCAUCAACGCAGAACCCAGUCGAGAAGCUGUUAGUGCCACCAAGGUCACUCCUCCAGAGCCAGGAGUUUCCUUCAGUAAAUCCCAAGCAAAGAAGUCAUGUGCCAGCAGCACGUGGGGGCAGCUGUCUGUCAGCAGCAAAGAGCUUGCCAUUUGCAGUGCAGUCUCAUCACCCAACAACAUUGGUGUGACUGCUCAGCCAAGCGGUGUCUCCGAGAGCAACGGGCUGUUGCCUAUUGGUGAUCAAGACGGAGGCGUGCAGCUGGAAGCUCCUGAUCAGUCUGCUGGGAGUACAAAGAAGAAGUCCAGCAAAAAGGACUUGAUAUGUCAAACCAUCCAAACUGCUGACAUUGAGUGGAUGAAGAGCGCUCAGAAAGCAUUUGACAGCAAAUGCCAUGACAGCAUGGAAGGAAAAAAAGAAUCUUAUUCAAUGGACAGUGUGUUAGAUGCGUCACCAUCAAAACAGAAUCCCACUUCUGCUAGCAGCUGUGAAAAUGACACUAGCCAUGUACGAAUUACUAUCCCAAUAAAGUCUCCAACAACAGAUACAUCCAGCCACAAAAGGAAAAAAAGGCAGUCUACGAAAUCUUCAAUGGAGAAAGCUAUCCAAGAGAAAAGUCUGCCUUCUGGGCUUGCUAUUAGCAGUGAAGUAGCAAACAGGACUAUUUCUCAGUCAGAAGGGAGUAAAAAAGAUAUUCGAGUCACAAAGCCAGGGAAAGUGAUUGAAAAUGAGUCUCCCUUAGCAGCUAUUGACAGCAGUGUGCUUAUUGACAGAGCUUCCCCCAACAGUGCCACCAGACUCAGAAAAUCUGUAGCUGUGACAUCUACUCUCCUAUCCACUGAUCUCCCCACAGCUAACAAACUGUCUGAGGUCCAGCACCCCAAACUCACAGCUAAACGGCGAUGGACCUGCAGCAAACCUAAAUCUAUCCUUCGGGAGACCUCCAUGACCGCAUCUGAAAAGAUGAUGGUGGAACCUCCUUCAGCCUAUCCCAUCACGCCAUCCAGCCCUCUGUAUACCAAUACAGACAGUCUUACUGUGAUCACACCUGUCAAGAAAAAAAGAGGACGACCAAAGAAACAGCCUUUGCUUACUGUUGAAACCAUUCAUGAGGGAACAUCCACUAGCCCAGUGAGUCCAAUCAAUCGUGAAUUUCCAGGAACUAAGAAAAGAAAGAGGAGACGGAAUCUGGCCAAGUUGGCUCAGAUGGUCCCAGGAGAGGACAAGUCCAUCAGUGAUCUUAAGUUUCACAAAAAGGUUGGAAAGCUUGGGGUCUUGGAUAAGAAGACUAUCAAGACCAUUAAUAAGAUGAAGACCCUUAAGAGAAAGAAUAUUCUCAAUCAGAUUUUGUCCUCCUGCUCCAGCAGCAUAGCUCUGAAAGCGAAAAUCCAGCCACCAUCUAGCGCUGGGCCAACAACCAUUGAUGCCAGACUAGGGAAGCAGAUCAAUGUCAGCAAGAGGGGGACUAUCUACAUUGGUAAAAAACGGGGGAGGAAGCCAAGAGCAGAACUGCAGCCUCAACCAGAAGAACCUAAGACAGCCAUGAAGCACUCAAGGCCUGUUUCCAGCCAGCCAGAAAACCCAGCAGUGCCUUCCAACCUGCAGUCACUUGUGGCAUCGUCACCAGCAGCUAUUCAUCCGCUUUCAACACAGUUAGCAGGGACUAAUGGCAACCUUAGCCCUGCAAGCACUGAAACAAAUUUUUCAGAGUUAAAAACUAUGCCAAAUCUUCAACCUAUCAGUGCUCUUCCUACAAAAACCCAGAAAGGAAUGCACAGUGGAACUUGGAAGCUGUCUCCACCCAGGUUAAUGGCUAAUUCACCUUCCCACCUCUGUGAAAUAGGUUCUCUAAAAGAAGUUACGCUGUCACCAGUGAGUGAGUCUCACAGUGAGGAAACCAUUCCGAGCGACAGUGGGAUAGGUACAGACAACAACAGUACUUCUGACCAGGCUGAGAAAAGCUCAGAAUCCCGCCGGAGAUACUCCUUUGAUUUCUGCACCCUGGACAAUCCAGAGGCUAUCCCAUCUGACACCAGCACAAAAAACAGGCAUGGUCACCGGCAGAAACAUCUCAUUGUGGAUAACUUUCUCUCUCACGAGAGCAUGAAAAAGCCAAAGCACAAGAGGAAAAGGAAAAGCUUGCAAAACAGAGAUGAUCUCCAGUUUCUGGCAGACCUUGAGGAACUCAUCAAUAAAUUUCAAGUGUUCAGGAUUUCGCAUCGUAGUUACACAUUUUAUCAUGAAAAUCCAUAUCCCAGCAUCUUCAGGAUUAAUUUUGAUCAUUAUUACCCUGUGCCAUAUAUCCAGUAUGACCCAUUGCUCUAUCUUCGCAGGACCUCUGACAUGAAGUCUAAGAAGAAGCGUGGUAGACCUGCCAAAACCAAUGACACCAUGACAAAGGUGCCUUUUUUACAAGGGUUCGGUUACCCUAUUCCCAGUGGGAGUUACUAUGCACCCUAUGGAAUGCCUUACACAUCAAUGCCUAUGAUGAAUCUUGGUUACUAUGGUCAGUAUCCAGCUCCUUUGUACCUGUCUCACACGCUCGGAGCGGCUUCCCCAUUUAUGAGACCUACCGUGCCCCCACCCCAAUUCCAUGCAAGCUCUCAUAUGAAGAUGUCCACCACUGCCAAGCAUAAAGCAAAACAUGGAGUGCACCUACAAACACCUGUGGGAAUGGGCCUUGGAGACAUGCAGUCCUCUUUGGCUCCUCCAAAGGUUGGAGGAACAAGCCUUUCAAGUAGCCGACUUCACAAAAGGAAACACAAACAUAAGCACAAGCAUAAGGAUGAGAGGAUAGUGGGGACACAUGAAGAUCUGAGUGGUCUCUUUGCUAGCAAGUCCACUGGCUUCUCCAGUCACUCUAUCAAUGAAAGGCUAAGUGGCUCAGAUAAAGAUAUAUCCUUGCUCAGUGAGAAAAGCAAGCAUAAGGAGAAGCAAAAGCACCAGCAUUGUGAAACUGGACACAAAGGCUCAAAGAGCAACUUUGAAGUGGAUACGCUGUCUACCUUAUCACUUUCUGAUGCCCAGCAGUGGACACAGAGUAAAGAUAAAAGUGAUUCAAGCAAUGAUCCCAUUGACUCUUGCACAAAGAGAUACUCUGGUAAUACUGAGAGUAAUGCAAGGUCAGAGUCCCUGGACAUGUUUGGUGAAAUGAAUUCCUCGAGUGAGAAACGGGAUAAUGAUGGAAGUGGGAAUAAAAGAAGAAGUUUCGAAGGGUUUGGAACUUACAGAGAAAAGGACAUUCAGCCCUUCAGGAUAAAUAGGAAGGAUAGAAGUACUUAUGAUUCUUCUGCUUCUUCUGGAAUUGUAGGCCCCCACUUAAAAGCAGAUCAGACUUCACUUCACAGUAAAAUGGAAAGUUCUGCCUGUAAUGUGAUGACCAGAAGGAAACCAGCAACUGUAGAGAGUGUUACAAUGCCGACUCCAGUAUUAUCUCUCCUACCUUCAUCAUCAGCAACAUCUGAAGCAGCCAGUCCACUGCUGAAAAAAAGGUUCAAGCGCCGUGAAAUUGAAGCAAUCCAGUGUGAGGUGCGCAAGAUGUGUAACUACACCAAGAUCCUGUCCACAAAGAAGAACCUGGAUCACGUAAACAAGAUCUUGAAAGCCAAGCGGCUGCAGAGACAAUCAAAAACAGGCAAUAACUUUGUCAAGAAGCGGAGGGGCCGUCCACGUAAGCAACCUCUCUCCUUUGAUGAAGAUUCCAGAGACCAAAUGCCCGUUCUGGAGAAAUGCAUUGACCUUCCCAGCAAAAGAGGUCAGAGGCCAACACUGAAUCCAUUGCUGUUGGAGCAAGCAGCCACUCAAGACACAAUCAUGGCCACCAUUGAGGCUGUCAUACACAUGGCUCGAGAAACACCACCACCACCUCCUCCUCUUCCUCCUCCGCCACUGCCGCCCCCUCUCCCUCUGCCCCGGACACCCCGGCUUGGGAAAAGGAAGAGCAAAUCACCACAAGAGGAGGAGGAUGACAUGAAAGUGAAGCGGCACCGGAAAGGCAGAGGAAGUGAAAGCGAAGGCCUUCCCUAAGGCCAGCACACCCUGUUGGACAUCAAGUGCUGAUAGCAGGGUACGUCAGGACUGACAGACUGGAGGAAUACAGUCUGCUUUGCCCCCAAGGCAGCACUGGACUUGUCACUUGGGUGGCCAAAACUUAUUAUGGAGAGAUGGGGAUCACAUCUUCCUCUUCAUCACUUCGGUCCCAGUCCCCCAGGAAAGAGGGGGGAAAGGGUGAGGAGAUGGAAAGGUGGGGAUAAGGGGGGUGGGGGGGAUUUCUAAGUUGGGGAUAUUGUCUACUUUGCAGUUUCCAAAACUAAUCAACAUCUCAGCAUUGCUGUGCUCACACCAUACCCGGAGGCGGGAGGUCAUCCUUGCAGAGAGCUGAGCAUUGUCACUAGGGCUGAAUGCUCAACUCAGAUUCUGUUUGGUGGGCCAGGUGAAACUAAGAAUAACCAUACCAUAGUAGAAAUCACUGUUAAAAAAAAAAAUAAAUAAAAAGAAAGAAAAAGGAAAAAAAAAAGGAAAAAAAAGAAAAAAAAGGCAAGAAAAAAAAUAGUGUAAUUUUCUCAACUGUGAUCUUGGUUAUAAUAUGUUUGAAUUUUUUUUUUCAGUUUUAUAUACUACCAGGUUUUGGGGUAACAUAACCCCAAAUGCCUGACUCCUGCUAGAACUAUAUAUAUUUUUUUUCUCAUUUACUUGCCUAGUUACAACUAGCUGCAAUAUAGGCAAUAGAAAAGUAGAGCCUUACACGCGCACACACUCAUUCCGAGUGCUAUCCCAAGGAACAACAGAAUAUCACAGCAUUUCUAAUAAGGUGUACAUGGAUAUUCAGUUAUGAUAGCACAUUUCUAUGAAGCAACUUGGCAUUUCCAAUGGCAUGUGAAAAAGGGUCAUCCAUCAACCAAGUUGUUUUGAUUCUCGGUACAUAUGAGUAGAGAACAGCAAGACACUUCUGGGGAAUAGAGUUAUAGUAAACAUGGACAAAAUCACCAAAAAAAAAAUAAAAAUAAAAACAAAAAGAUAAAAAAGAGAAAAGAAAAAAAAGUAGAACAGAAAAAAAUAGAGUAAGAAAACAGGGCCCAAAACUACCAGUUUUUACCACCUGCAGUUCCCAGGGAAAAUGAUGGGAAACCCAGGCUCCAAAUUAUUUGCAUUGGGUAGCAAUGCCUUGAUAUGUACUUUUAAAGAAAAUAGACAAAGUAGAUUGUUUUAAAAAAUAGAGAACAAAACCCUAUGGAAAGUAGGUUAUUUCUUGGCAAUUAUUUCUUAAAAAAGAAAAGGAAUAAGUGUUCUUACCUGAAAAUAAAAAUAAAAAUGUUCAAAGGGUAUCACCACUGCAAUUGUAUUAAUGCCACUUUGGACAUGUUCUCCAAGUUGUGGUUGCCUUAAUAAACUAAAAAAAAAAUUUUUUUUUUUUUUGUACAUAAUGUAAUUAUAAAGCUCUCAGUCUGCAUGGAUGCAAACUGUGUGUGACAAAUCGUCUCUUUAAAUGGUCAGUUCAAAUUGUACAUUUCUCAUUCGACUUGUACGUUAACCAUUGAUCUAACUUGGGUAAAAUACCUAAGCUCCAUUUCCACAGCCCAAUUAAAAUGUUUAAUUCAAAGACUGAACGUGAAGCUGUUCCAUUGCAGUAAAAAUAGUUCUGUUUUUUUUUUUUUUGUUCGUUUGUUUGUUUGCUUGUUUGUUUUUUAACAGAAAAAAAAAAAAAAAGCAAAAAAAAAAAAAGCAGUCAGUUGUUAAAAUUUGAAAUUUGUACUUUCAAUUGGUUUCUUUUUAAAGUCCUUCAGUACACCCAACACCUGGCAUGGCAAGAUGGAUAUUAAAAUGGGAGGGGGGAGGGAAAAUUCCAGCAAGGGAGUGGGGAUUGGAAUUAUUUAAUGAUUCACAAGCCAACUGUUAUUCACUUUUUUGAGAAAUCCUUAAUUGGCAUAUUGCCAAGGAAACUUCAAAUAGCACGACAUUAAAAAAAUAAUAAAAAUAAAAAUAAAAGACAACAAACAAGUCCCCACCAAAAUAAUAAUAAUAAUAACUUUCUAUUCUGUUAUUUAUUUACAAAAAUCAUAUCAAGACUAUAGUGUUAAAGGGACACUGUAAACAUAUAACUCAUUAUUUUUAGAGACUGAUUUUUCUUCUGUGAUAGCACCUUAGCUUAUUAAAACUGAAUGCAUUUGGUGUUUCGACUGGGGCUGGGGGGCUGGGAGAGGAUUUUUGUUUUUUUUUUUUUGAGGCUGGAACAAUUCUUGAGAUCCUUUCUCCUUACGACUGAUAAGAUGGAUCACAGAAGUUUGUUUCCCAUUUGUUUUGCAGCAUUCAUCAUGCUCAUUCACGCUUUUUGUUUUCCAAUUAAUGCAGCUUAGAAAUAAACUGACCGGUUGCUCCUUCUGUUACAACCAACUUUGCUUUUCAAUUCUCUUGAAUCAGCACAGUGUUACUGACUGAAAAUGUAGGCCUGAAGAAAAAAUGCUUAUGCCUCUUCCAGCUCUUCCCUUCUGCCUUAAAAAGCAUCAGACUGAGGUUUAGUUGAUUCAGAAACUUUUUUUAACGUCUUUCCCUCGGGCCUGAAAGUAGUUGAUGGUGUCUCUUAAAAAAGAAAAUGUGUUUGGUAUUACAGGUAGCCUAUAACCUGAAACUAAGCCAUCUAUCCUUAGUUUCAUUGUCAGUGAUUGUUAGCAUUGAAGGACAUUUCAACAUGUAGCAAGUAGAGCAAAGAUCUGAAAGAACCAAAUUCUGUCGUUGAAUGCCUCAUGUGGUUUCAAGAUGCAUCAAACCUUACAGGGUGACAAUAAGGACUGGAUUUGGGCUGACUCUGGGCAUAACCCCACCAUUGGGGAUUACUGAAUAAUGUGGGGUCCUCAGCAACAGAUCCAGUACCGUCAGGGCACUGCUGGAGGAAGAUGGUCUUAAAGGUCUUUUCCAACCUGAAUGAUAACAUGCUUCUAUGAAAACGCUAUUAACCUUACAAAUACUACUAUCCAAGAUGCUGCUAGAGGCAAAACACUUAAGGAGAGCAUCUACUUGUGGAAAGAACUACCCCAUAUUCUCUUCACUGAGUACUUCAAGUAAGGCAGAAAAAAAAAAUUGUAAAGGCACUUUUGGUCCUAAAAAUAACAAAGGCUAAGGGUACAAGACUUGGUAGCUGCAAGCUAUACGUACAAGAUGUAUCGUAGCCCAGAUGCCCAAAAUUUAUUAUUCACAGAGAGGAUGUUUUGGGAGAGCACAGUGCCACAAUACAGUCUUGACUGUUCAUUCAAAUAACAGUCCUGUGCAGCCAGGCCUGGCUGACAGCAAGAUUAGUUUGUUAAUUUGUAUGAAAGCAGGCUGGAAAUACUGUUAGAUGGCACUCAUAAUUUGUGUUCUGCAUGUUGCAUAGUCUACAAAUAUGAUAGGCAAGUUGCUGACAGAAUAAUAUCAUAAGGCGAUGUACUACAUGCAGAUCAUAAAGGAUUUAGUUUUAGGGCUUAAGGCUAAAAUCCCACUCCUGCAGUUUAUUACCCAACGAUAUUCCAGUAAUGAGCUUUCUGAUUUUUUCUUCCCUUACAACUAGGAAGUUUUACUAAGGAACUCUCUAAAUUUUCUCUGCACAUUUCCAAGGAGUGUAUGAAACUAUGGCGAAAGCCCUUUUGCUUGUUAAGAUCCAAAAGAGCCUUUCAAAGACCUCCAACAUGUCACAGAUUAACACAUUUUAGCAUGCUUAAAUAAAAACACACAAAAAAAUAACAUGGCUGUCAGCUAUGUGAAAUGGUGCCAUGAAUUUGCAUCCUCUCUGUGGGCCCUAUAUUUAUCAACCAGAGUAAAGCCAAGAAAAAGGACAAAAGAGAGAAAGAAAUAAAUGAUCACUUGUGUCUCCAAGAGCUUUGUACUGACAAUUUGUUGAGCCCUUCACUAUUAAAUUUUCUGUGAAGCAGCAUGCAUGUUUUUGGGUUACUGCCAAAAAAUAAAGAAAAAGAAAAAAAUUAAGCAUGUGACAACAGCUACUCAGGUGUCAUCAUAUAGCAUAGCCCAUGCCUUUUCACUGGACAUCAAUUCUUUAGACCAUCCAUGUAGAUUGAUUUGAUUUGUGUUCUUACAUUUUUUGGUAGCAUCUGGUCCAACAAGGUGCUGAUUCAUUACUAGGGCUUCUGAGCACUACAACAAUAUGACAAGUAUUCACCCUUCCACACACAAAAAUUUACCCAACACUUAUUUUCACAGGCCCAGAUUCAGGACUGCACUUAAACAGUGCAUUUUAAUAGUAUCCUGAAGGAAAAAUAAUAAUAACAAUAAUAGAGAUAGAAAAAAGGAAAAUACAAACAGGAUGGUUUUCUGAAUUGAGAGAAUGAACAUCAUGCCUUUGCAAUGCCUCUUCCUUCUACAUCAUCCAAAAACUGGGGUGCAGCAGUUCUGAGAAAAUUAGAAGCACAUCUUAACAAAGGACAUGUAUUUGAGAUCUCCUUAAGAUGCCUGCCUAGGCUGUAUAAAACACUACAUAGAAAAAAAAAUAGAAAAAAAAAAAAGAAAAAGAAAAAAACUGUAAAAACAUAAAAAGAGCUGCCAAUUGGACAACAUGGGGGAGCUGUUCAAUCCCAUGUUGGUUUGUUUUACUUUUCUUUUUCUUUAUUUUUUUAAGCUAUUUCUUAAAUAAUAAAUGCACAUGAAGUGUUAAAUAUGUAUAUACUGUAUUUCAAAAAAAAAAAUUAAAAAAAAAAUCAAACGAAUGGGGCACAAGAUUGUUCUAUAAGUCGUGCUGGCUAAUUUUUAGUUUGUAUUCAUAAGUGGUUUUUAAAAGCCUUUUUUAAAGUGUAAUUUGCAUGUUCUACUUUGAUUGUAUGUAAACAUAUUUUAGAGCAAAAAAAUGUAUUUGUAUUUUAUUGAAUAUAGAGGCAAGACAAAAAAAAACUUGUACAUUGUUUGAAAUGUUCUUUUUGUAACAGUUUUUAUUCAUGAAGCAUUUUUGUACAUUUAAAAAUGGAUAUGGACUUGAUGUUCUUUGAGGCUUAGAUACAUCUGGCAUGCUUUAAUGUCAUGCUCCUUCAUGAUCUUAGAUGUUGGUUUUUAAACAUUUUUUUCUAAAACAAAGCUCAGUCUUUUCGCUACCAAAUCAGGUUAGCACAGUAUAGAGCACUUAACUAAAAAAAAAAAAGGAAAAAAAAAAAAGUUAAUCCUAUUCAUAUGUUAUUCAUUGUGUGAAAUUAAAGGAAUUCAAUUCAGUCUAA